AUGGAGAAUAAAGAGGGACGAACAUUAGAACUGCAUUCACCUGACGCUGUACACAGUUGCGUUCUCAGAGCCAUCGACCCAGGAGAAGCCAUUGCCUGGUUUAAUACUCUGCAUUCAGCCUUAGCCGUCCUCAAUACUGCCGCUCUUCAUGAAGCAUCCAGAGCGAUCCCGGAUCUGCGGCACAUAGGCUGGUUGCUCAGAAGGCCCAGGAUGGAGAAUAACAUGUCAAGCUCAGAAAGUUCCGAAGACAUGGAUAGGUGGCAUUCUGUUUUUGCUGCGGUGACUGAUAGUGAACUCCGGUUCUACGAAAGCGCGCCUUGGUCUGGCGAUGCGUGGAGAGCGCCAGCUGAAGGAUAUUCGCUAAUUGCGACGAGAUUGGUUGGUUCCGGAAAGCGGGCUGAAUUGCCAGAGUUUAGCAUAAGAUGCGCGACUGUGGACGGAGUGGUAACGCACAGUUUGCGUGCCGAAACUCACAGGGAUCUUGCAGGAUGGGCCAAGGCUCUUGUUAACGGAAGCCAUGCUAGUGCAGUUACACAGCGGGAGUUGGUUUGCAGGUGUUUAUGGAAAGGGCGACCAGCACAAUUGGUUAUUCACUACGAAAAUGGUUUUACUUUAUUGGAAGGUGGUACUGGAUCUACAACGUUAUGGAGGUACUCCUUUGAUAGACUAAGAAGUUCUUCUGAUGAUGGAAAGAGACUUCUUUGGUUGGACUUUGGAUCAGGAGAAGAUGAAGACGUCGAGCUUGAUAUGGAAGGAUGUCCGAAACCGAUUGUAUUCAUUUUACACAACUUUUUGUCUGCCAAAAUUCAUCGACUGGGCAUCAACGCCUAA